UGCAAAAGAACAUAUGAAAAACUACAAAUUCAAAUCUGUUUGCAAAUGACACAAUAAAGAAAACAAAAUUAGACAAACAAAGAAUCUAUAAUAGCGUAGUGUGAUCUGCCCAUUAAAGAAAAUUUCUGUCUGCUCUGCCGUCUGUCCAACUGUUUAUCGUGGUGGGAGAAUAUUUUGAUAAUUUUUUUUUAUCUGCAAAUGAUCGUGUAUUAACUCGAUACGUGCAGAUAUAUGCCAAUGAUUAUAAUUAAUAAAUUAAAUAAUCUACGCAUUUAUUAACCCCGAAUAGAACGGUUUAAAAUGCAAGGACUUUUUCCUUAAAUGGUUCUGUUCUACUAAUUGUGCUAAAAAAAUUAAUUUCAUAUAUUGUACUCUGAUACAAAGUACAAGUCAAUAUCAGUGUGGUAAUAUGUAUGAGAAGUCGUAAGAAGUGAAAGAAAGUACUAUGGCAGGAAUGGCUAAGUAGCUGAAAGAUUACAAGAAUAAUUUUGAAAGUAUUCUAUCUCUGUACUAAAGAACAAACUAAAAAUGUGCGAUUUAAGAAAUCGUGUUCCGAAUGGAAGUUCCCUCGAGGAAGCUGGAAAUUGUGAAAAAGUAUAUGAUAAUAUAUCUAUUAAAUCGGAAACUUUAGUUGGACAAUCAGAUCGCCUAGAAUUGUUAGGACAGCAACAACACUUGCACCAAACUACUCAGUCACUUUUAAUGGCCAGUUCGAUGCUUGUGGGAAGUACAAGCAGCGUGGGAGUAAGCAGCAGUGGCAAUCAAAAUCCAAACGAAAAAGACAAACUCGAUAUACAGGGUCACUAUAGCAGCGCAAACAUAUUUGGUUCAAAUGAUUCAAUGAGUUCGCAAUUAUCGAAUUGUACAACAACUUCAUUCACUCCUGAGGUCUUGUUUAGCCAGCAAAUGAAGAAUAUGUCCAACGUAAACACUAUGCAUUUAAAUGUUCAUGAACUUUUUCUGCAGAACCAUGCCUUGAGAGAAAAACUUGCAGAAGUUACCGCUGAUCGGGAUCGCUUGCUUUGCGAAGUGUCAAAUUUGCGCCUAGAAUUGGAGAUUUUCGAACUUAAACGUCUGCCGGAAGAUUCCUUUCCCCAAAAACAAGUUGAUCGAAGUGGAUCUGUUCAAUAUGCAAUUCCGGGCUCAAAUACAUCUGGUUCUGAAAGCGGAGGAUAUGUUUACCUGCAGCAACAUUAUGUACCAUCGAGUGCGUCGACAAAUUCGAUGACUUAUCACAGCGACAACCAACCUCCAAUGGUUUUCCAACAUCAACCACAAGCGUAUGUUUCAUGCAAUCAGCAGCAGCAAUUACCAAAUAUGCAUGGUGGCUUACAUUAUGCUCAUCACAUCAGCACACACGAUCAUGUGCAGAAAAGCAUCCAUCAUAUUCAUGGUCAUCACCCACAUCAUCAUUACCAUCAUGGGGGAGCUGUAGUCAUGGCUAGCAGUGGCGUAGGAACAGGUAUAGGAUGCGGAGGUCCUUGUUCGUCGUCAUCAAUGCAUCAACAAAGUGUAAAUAAAAAAUGUUCAAUACGCAGCGGCAGCGAGGUUUUAAAGCGUUCUAGAACACAGUCAGCGUAUGAACUUUCCCAAGAUUUGCUAGAGAAACAAAUUGAAUUAUUGGAACGUAAAUAUGGAGGAGUGAGAGCUAGAAACGCAGCUAUCACAAUUCAAAGGGCCUUCCGUCAUUAUAUGAUGGUGAAGAAAUUUGCCUCAAUCACAGCAAUGGCAAAAGCAGAGAAGCGGUUGAGCCGGAGGACAAUGAUGUUAAGUGGUGGAAGCAGCGGAGUGGCAGAUGAGACUAUGGUCAAUGUAUCUGCGUCUUCGUCGUAUGGAGGCAGUGUUGAAUCUCAGGUAUUCGAUAGUUCUGUGGUAACUCCAUUGGCAAAUCAACCUCUACAGCCCAGGGUUACAAUAAUGCCUGGUCCUCCAGGCGGUUUCGUUAGUCACCAGCCAAUUGCGUCCGGAUCAAGAACACCGCCUACACGUUCAUUGUCAAUGCGUGAGCGCAGGCACAUAGAUGGUGGCACGAUACCCCGUAGUCAAUCGGGGGUGUCCAAUACAUCUUUAACAAGCUGUGUUUCUACUGGAGGAAGUGGUCCAAGCCACCCACAUGUCAAUUUGCUACAUGCUGCCGAACCACAUUAUUAUGCAGUACAUAAUAUUAGCGGGAAUCAAUUGACUGCUUAUUGUGGAAGUUAUCAUUCUGCUCAACAUGAUGCGAGCUUCGCUGGUUCUACCAGCAGCUCACAUUUAGAUUCAUCUUUAAAUGUUUCAUGGGUAAACACUAGCGGAUCUUCGCCACAUACUCCUUACUAUUCUGCAGCUCAAAUAUAUAUGCGUCCAAGAGGAUCUUCGUCAUCCCAGGAACGAAAAAAGGUUCCACCAGAAGUUCCUAAAAGAACUUCUUCUAUAGCUGCACAACAACACAGCCAAAUGCAACUACAGCAACAACAAGCUCACAAACAAAUAAUGGUAAUGCGUCAAACGCCCCCACCACCUUCAAUAUUGCGGACUAAUGGUCUAUGUAAGUCAGCUGAAAAUGGAAGUCUCACAUCGGUCCAAAGUUCAGGCAGCGAUUCGAGUGCUACGUCCGCAGAACGCAAUGCCAUUAGUGACAUGGGUUCAGAUCGAUCGAAUUCUCCAAAUACUUGGAAGCGUGGUACUAUUUUAAACAGUUCACAACAGUUUGUCCAUAACUCUGAUCCAGCAUAUGCUCAUGCACAAAAUUCGGCUGCUAUAGCGGCAGCCAGCGGUGGAGUUGUCGUUGAAGAACAUGCAAUGUCUUCACAUACAAGUGCUGCCCAAUACGAACAACAAGAACCGCAGGAACAUCAUCAACUAGUUGGACCACCUGCUCAAGUACCAAACUAUAAAGUUUCCGAAACUAUACGAAAGCGUCAGUAUCGCGUCGGAUUGAAUUUGUUUAACAAGAAGCCCGAGAAAGGCAUUGCCUAUCUGAUACGUCGUGGUUUUCUUGAAAAUACGCCUCAAGGCGUUGCCCGUUUUCUGAUAACACGUAAGGGACUUUCGCGGCAAAUGAUAGGUGAAUACUUAGGGAACUUGCAAAACUCUUUCAAUAUGGCAGUACUUAACUGCUUCGCUUUAGAAUUGGAUCUAUCGGGAAUGCAGGUAGAUGUAGCAUUACGUAAAUUUCAAGCCUAUUUUCGAAUGCCUGGCGAAGCUCAAAAAAUAGAGCGCCUUAUGGAAAUAUUUUCACAACGCUUCUGCCAAUGCAAUCAAGAUAUUGUGGGACGAUUGCGAUCAUCCGACACGAUAUUUGUCUUAGCGUUUGCGAUUAUUAUGCUCAACACCGAUUUGCAUACUCCCAAUUUAAAGCCGGAGCGAAGAAUGCGAGUUGAGGACUUUAUCAAAAAUUUACGUGGCAUCGACGAUUGUCAUGACAUUGAAAAAGAUAUGUUGGCUGGCAUUUACGACCGUGUCAAGGCCAACGAAUUCAAACCGGGCAGUGAUCAUGUUACACAGGUGAUGAAAGUGCAAGCCACUAUCGUUGGAAAAAAACCAAAUCUAGCGCUGCCACAUCGCCGACUAGUGUGUUAUUGCCGGUUAUACGAAAUCCCUGAUAUAAACAAAAAAGAACGACCUGGAGUACAUCAGCGUGAGGUGUUUCUCUUUAACGAUUUGCUAGUCAUUACGAAGAUAUUCAGCAAAAAGAAAUCAUCCGUCACUUAUACGUUUCGUAAUAGUUUUCCCCUAAAUGGAAUGGUUGUGACCCUACUUGACGUGCUUCAUUAUCCAUUUUGUAUACAAUUAUCACAAAAAGUUGAUGGAAAAAUUUUGGUCACCUUCAAUGCUCGUAAUGAACACGAUCGUUGCAAAUUUGCUGAAGACCUUAAGGAAUCUAUUUGUGAAAUGGACGAAAUGGAAUCGCUUCGCAUAGAAGCCGAGUUGGAACGACAAAAGUCUGCUCGAAGCCGUGCUGCUGGAAAUUCAGAAAACAGAGACAGUGGUGUGGCCGAUGUUGAGGUUUGCCCAUGUCCUUAUCAGACCCCACAGACCAAUGAGUUAGCACCAAGUUCUACUGAACCAACACAGCAGUUAAAACGAAGCGCCCUUAGCAACAGUUUAUUGGAUAUACAUGAACAAUUCGGUAGCGAUAAACCACAAAGACGUGGUAGCGUUGGUUCUCUUGAUAGUGGAAUGUCAAUAUCGUUUCAAUCGACCACAAAUAGUAAUGCGUCGCGGGAAAAUGCAGCAGUUAUAGCUGCUGCGGCUAAUGCAGCCGUUGCCAAAUUAAGACUAGGUCCUGCAGCUGCUACUGUUGGAGGCCUAUUUAUUGCGCCAGGGAUUCAAGGAUAUAAUCAAGUUAAUUACAUUCAUCCACAUGCUCUCAUGUUACAACAACAGCACCACCAGCAGCAGCAGUCUCAGGCUUCAAUUGCCGGUCGAAUCCCCGGACGUGAGCGAAAACUAUCUCGGUCGGAGGAAAACAAAUCGACGGAAGUCUAAACAAUGCAUAUCUCAUUAUUUUGUCAUUGUUUUCUUGUGUUAUGUAAAAACCCCAACAUCGUCUUAUAAUCACUAAUUCGAUUUUUCAUCAAUUCUUUGAAUUAAUAAUACACAUUUGUCUUCGUAUUGCUAUGCAUAGGUUUUUUGUAAAUUAAAUUUAGGACUUUCUCUAUAUACAUAUAUACUUCAUUUAUAAAUACAUAACAACUUACAAAUUUCUAUUUGUAUAUUUAUUUUCACAUGUAUUAUUAAAAUUAUUUGCUGGUUGCGUCUAUCAAU